CGGUUAUUUUGGUGGGUCGACCUUGAUCUUGACAGACAGGAUGCUCAGCUCUAUAAGACGGCCCUGCAGAGAGGAGCAGCACACAUCACAGCAACAUCAUCAUACUGUCAACAGGCAAUAAUGGAUUCUCUCUUCAGAGGCACCCUGUGGACCAUACUCAUCCUCUUCACACUGCCACACCUCGCCUGCAACAUGCUGUGCCCCGGCAGCUGCCUGUGUAACUUUAAAGGUGCCGUCAAGUGUGUUGGCGACGCCAUCACAGAUAUACCACAGAACCUGCCCGUCCACACGUACGCGCUGCAGCUUAAUGGCACCGGCAUGAACAUCAUCAAUGAGCAGAGCUUGGCUGACCAGGACCUGCUGUUGCGUUUCAGUCUGACAUACAGCCACUUACAUGCUAUCCAUCCCAAUGCCUUCCACGUUGCUCCACAGCUCAAGUCUGUCAAGCUGUCGUCCAACGAUCUCUCUACCAUCUCUGCUCGGGUCUUCAGUCCGUUGGCGACACUGGAGCAACUGUUUUUAGAUGGGAACCAGUUGGAGACCAUAGCUCCGGAUAUGUUUGAAGGACUGGUUACUUUGCUGCAACUGGACCUGAGCCGGAACAAACUGACCAGUCCUGCUUCAAAUGUUUUCGAUGGACUGACCAAACUCACCUUCCUGAACCUUGGCAGGAACUCCAUAAAUAAGCUUCCACCAACCAUCUUCCACUCCUUGACUAAUCUUCUCCAGCUCAUGAUCUAUAACAACGAGUUAGAGGAGCUAGAAGCUGGGAUUUUUGAUAAACUUGUCAACCUUGUGGAGCUAAAGAUCCACCAUAACCAGAUUACCAUCCUUCCCCCUCAGGUAUUUUGGUCACUGAAGAACCUUAAGACCCUCACCCUCUCCUCCAACCAACUUCAGGCUAUCCCAGAAAAGACCUUCUACAACAUGCCAAAGCUGACCAAGCUCACCAUUUACAACAACCCGCUAUUAUCUUUACCAGACCAGCUAAUGGGUCACAUGCCUGAUAUGACAGACUUCUAUCUGUUUGCUACUAAUCUCACCACUGUUCCUGGAAAUGUGUUCGCAAACAUGUCAGGACUUUUGAGGCUUAACUUCCAUUUAAACGACAAGCUGAGGGAGUUGCCUUCGGACCUCUUCUGCUGCCUUCCGAAGCUCGAGAAGCUGUCAUUGAAAUCCAACGACCUCCUUUAUCUACAUCCCCAGCUGUUCUCCGGACUAACCACACUUGGCAUACUGCUUCUCAAUGACAAUACGCUGAAGAGCCUACCAGAUAACAUCUUUCAGGGCCUUGGAGGGGUUUUGACAGUUGAUUUGAAGAAUAACCAUCUCGAGACUCUUUCAGGAGAUACUUUCUUGUCAAAUUCAGUUUUGAAGGCUCUUAAUCUGGGUGGCAACCCCUGGGACUGUACUUGUAGUAUUAGAGGUAUUGCAAAAUGGAUAAGAAAACAUGAGCAUGUUGUUCUUGACGGACAGGAUGUGAUAUGUCAUAGUCCUGUGUACCAACUGCUCCGUACCAUUGGCUCUCUGCAGGAUGAGGAAUUCAACUUUUGCGAUGCUAAGACACUCAAGUCAAGUUAUUUGUUCACCACACAAACACCAGUUGUUGCUUCACCACAAUGCCCACCACAAUGCCGACCACAAUGCCUACCACAAUGCCCACCACAAUGCCUACCACAAUGCCUACCACAAUGCCCACCACAACAGUCGAGGGCAGUGGACGCAGUCUAUGAAAAACCCUCUUGGGGAUAGGUUUUGUUGAUACUGUGUUAAGUUGAAAAGUUCAUGUGUAACCUUAAUAUAGUCUGACUUAGAGUAUGGGAAUCAAAAUAAUGUGACGAAUUAUAAGAUGAAGGGAUUUUUACAUAUCGAAGAAUUAGACUUGGAUGAUAUCGUUUUUUUAUAUAUACAAUUCAGUAUGUAAGCUAAUAUAAGGGAUGUUAACUUAUAAAUGUUACCACUCGUUUUUUUAAUAAUUGUAUACAAUUAUUUAGAUCUGUAAAGAUUGGUCAAGCAAUUCAUCAGGCAAAAAAAAAAGAAGCAAUUUAUAAUAUAAAAGCAAUUAUUUAAACAAUUAAAGAGUAGGUUUUAGUUAUUUCUCUAUGAGCUUGUCCAAACGUGUUUGGUGUUUCUUUUUGGUGUCUUAAAUGACAGUAAAUCAAAUACAGUAGCUAUGGCUUUUGUAUUGUUGAUCUAACAAAUCAAGCUAUUAAUAAACAUAACUUUUGAAGGUUGCCACAAGCAUUUUCUUUACCAUAUUUCUUGUUUUAGUUUAGUGGAACUAAAUGAAAGUCAAGCCUUUUCUUUGCAAUUCAUGUGUAUUCAUUGUUCAUGCUAAGGUCUGUAAUAAAUACUAACAUUAAAAAAUAUGUGUUAAGUCUUA